CUUUCCUGAUAAUACAGUAGAAAUUCAAUCAACUACUGUACUGCAAUUUUAGUGGAUAUCCUCGGAAUUCAUAAUGUUUCGUUGUUGUGUGUUAACCUUAAUGUUUGUGGGCCUAACGGUCGUUCAACCAGACGAGGACAUUUCUUGCAAGGAUCGUUUGUGUGGUGGCAUCGUUAACAGGGACUGUAUCACAAUGUGCUCUUCUAUUGGUAGAAAACGUAGUGGUACUACAUAUAGCUAUACGUGUCUUCAUGAGUGUAUUGCAAAUGGAGUGCCGAUGAAUGAGUGCAAGUGUGGGUUUGCUGGAAGGAAACGUUCUGCUAAUUUGGAUUCUUUGAAAGAUAGAUCUAUUGGGAAUUUUAAGACUAUUAUUGCGGGUCAAGGACAAAGUAAAUAGCUGCAGUGAUUACGGACAAACGAUGAAGAGCAAACAUAUCAGAUAAUCAUAAUAUAUACCGUAUUCACUACAAAGCUUUAAUGAAAAAUAGUUACUAGAAAACUUACUAGAAAUAUAAUACCUGUCUAUUAUAACGGAUAAUGCCUCCGGUCUACGCGCAUUAACAAAAUAUGGAAUAGAACCUGUCCGUAGAAUAGAGUCUGUUAUCACCUAAUAGGGACAAUAAGGCAAGCCCUAACCCGACCAACCAAGGCGCCUAAAACAUUUGCAUGAUGUUCGAAAAGCCAAUUUCCAAGCUUUAAUUAAUUUCUGGACUAAUACCGUAUAAUAAGCUGCAUAGUUGCAUUUUUUUUUUCUUUUUUUAAAAUUAUUAUCCCGUAUAGUGAAUUCUUUGCCAUAUUAUGGUUUGUCUCACGUGUAUUUUCAUAGGCCUACAGUUAAUCAAAAAUAAUUCAUAUAGUUUAUGACCAGUAACUUUUAUCUUUGAAUUAAACAUUAUUUGAAAAAACAUAAAA